AAGUAGAACACAAAAACCCAGAUCUUUGAUCAACAAAACAGCAGCACCCAUACCAGACUAUCCAUCACCAAUGCCAAAGAAAAUGAAUAAAGAAAAGUAGAAAACAAAUCCACAUAAAGUAGAUUAGCCUUACCUUUGACCAUAACUUCUCAUUACAAAGGAGAGAAACAGCAUGCACCCACCAAAUAAUAUAUCACCAAAAGCCUUAGUUGGUGUGUCAUCAAACAAAACAAAGACAUCCAUGGCUACCCGACAUGCUAUUUCAUAGAAAUUAGAAAGUAGAAACGUCAACUACCCAGCAUGGAAGAGAAAGAGAAAAAGAAACAGAAACAGAAACACUCAAACAAAUCCUCGUCGGAGCCUGCUUUCAAGCCGAGCUCCGACGUCAAAGGACUCCGUUUUGGCGGUCAAUUCAUCGUCAAAUCCUUCACUGUCCGACGGGCCUCACCUCUUGAGCUCCUGCGCCUCCUUGCUCUCCCACCGCCCAACCAGUACUACCAGAACCACCAGCGCAACCACAAUCACAGCAAGCCCAUCAGCACCAGCCACUCCUUUCCGUCAACCACAGCCUUUUUGCCUACCAACUUCACCAUCUUAGCACACCAUGCGUGGCACACCCUCACGCUUGGCCUCGGUACAAAGAAGUCUAAAGUAAUAGUCUUUGUUUUUGAAUCCGUGAGCCUGAAAUCCGGGGUUGACCGUAUUUGGCCGCCUGAGAUUCCCCUCGGAGAAGUGAACCGGAAGCUGAUAAGGGGCCUUGCUGGGUGUGAGAUGGCUCGGUUCAAGUUUAGAAAAGGAUGCAUUACCUUCUAUGUAUACGCAGUGCGACAAGUGGGUAGCACAGGGUUCUCAUGUGCAGAUGAUCUCAGAACAAUUAUAGAGGCGGUAGUUGCACUUCAAGAUUUCUUGGAUCACACUGCUAUGCUUGCAUUACCGAAGCAGAGGAGCAUCAAUUACCCGCCUCAGGUUGCCAUGGCUCACUAAGGAUUCUUCUUUCCCUGUAUAUCUUUUCUUCUUCUUAUUUCUUCACUUUUUCCUUCAAGAAAUUUCAUCCCAUUUUCUUUCUUUCAUGGAGCGGUGGGGGAUAGGUUUAUUUUUUGUGUUCUUUAAUUAAUUUUUCUUCUUGGUAUUAAUUGGAGUCUGUAUGGUGGAUAGAGAGAGAGAGAGUACUUCAUGUUGAUGAACAGUUAAUUAUAUCAGAUUUUUUUUUUUUCUUUUGGUCUUUCCUUUUCUUUUCCCUUUCCACGUUUGAGUGUGUCUAACAGCUCAUUUGCAGCAUCUAUGCGCUUGACAAGCCAGGCCAGGGACCUCCAUCUUUAAUGUUUAAAGGCGACGGUAGUAAUGUGGUUUUGCUCGUCGUGAAGGGUAUGGCUGGAUUCAGUGCAUUACUGAAACCUUCUCUGUUUUCUGAUUUUUAAUUUGAUCGACAAGAGUGUCACGAUGAGUUUCAAAUUUUAUACAUGUUAUCACUUCAUCCAUCAAAUGGAAAUGGGGGCCUUCUGGGUGUCUCCAAAAUGAUCCAGCCCCUCUGAUUCAAUAUGCUUUUCUUUUAUUAUCUGGAUAAUCAAAGAUUUUAUAGCAUUCAGUACACGUGGCCACAUAUCAAGAGUACAGACCACCCAACCUCGAGCAGCGAGUGAGCUUGCACAAAACUUUGAAGUUCUUCGGAAUUUGUAGCCGUAUUCUUUACCAACUAAUGACUUGUUGUGCAUUUUACACAUCUUUCUUUUAUUAAUUAAAUGUAUUGAUUAUACUUGAGGGACCAGGGUGGGAUCUCACUCUGAAAUCAAGAUAUGUCAAGAUUAUCGAUCGCCUUUCCUUC